AUGGAGCACGAAUCUAAAGAUGUUGAGGAAGCGAAUCGCAACGAGUCAGUAGUCGAUGCGCAUGAUGAGGAUCUGAAGAAUCUUGAGCACGAACAACGCAAUGUCGGUACGCUUGACCGAAGGUUGAAAUCCAGACAUGUACAAUUCCUGGCGCUAUCCGGUGCCAUUGGAACAGGUCUUUUUGUGGGAAGUGGCCAGGCGCUGUCGUUAGCUGGUCCGUUCUCGACAUUUCUUGCAUAUCUGAUCACUGGAUUCAAUCUUUAUGCGGUGAUCAACAGUCUCGGCGAAAUGACAACUUACCUACCAUUGCCCGGGGCAGUGCCAGUCUUUGCUGCGCGAUUUGUCGACCCGGCUCUUGGUUUUACCCUUGGUUGGAACUACUGGUACCAGUUCGCCAUUGGAGUUCCAAUCGAGAUCUCUGCGAGCGCUGUCGUAAUCUCAUACUGGCCGAACUCGGUCUCGAACGCUGUGUGGAUCACCAUUUUAUUCAUCCCAAUGGUUGUGGUCAACCUUUUCCCUGUGAGGAUAUAUGGGGAGGCAGAGUUCGUGUUUGGAACCAUCAAGCUGACUACUAUCGUCGGGUUGAUCCUCCUUAUGUUUAUUAUCACUUUGGGUGGUGCUCCCAACCAUGAUCGCAUUGGCUUUCGCUAUUGGGAUGACCCUGGUCCGAUGCUCGAAUAUCUCAAAGACGGAAGCCUGGGUCGGUUUCUUGCGUUCUGGAAAGUCUUCAUCCAAGCAACCUUCUCAUAUGGUGGUAGUGAGAUGGUAGUGGUUGCUGCCGGCGAGGCCGAGAACCCUAGACGGAAUAUCCCAAAGGCAGUACGAAGAGUAUUCUGGCGCAUCGCCAUCUUCUACGUUCUAGCCAUAUUCCUCGUCAGUAUGUGUGUUUCUGCCGAGGAUCCGCGGCUGUUGAAUGCAAUCAGCAAGUCAGCUCCCGGCGCGGCAGCAAGCCCGUUCGUGAUCGCAAUCGUCAACGGUGGAAUUCCUGCAUUGCCUAGCAUCAUCAACGCAGUGAUCCUGUCCUCUGCCUGGUCUGCAGGAAACGCCUUCUUCUACGCGUCCUCUCGCAUCCUCUACGCGACAGCUCUUGAUCACAGAGCUCCGGCAUUCCUCCGGUACGAGAAAUUUGGCGUGCCAUAUGCAUGCGUUGGAGCAACCACCGUUCUCAGUCUGCUCGUAUAUCUGAACGUCAGCGAAAACUCGGCAGAAGUAUUCUUCUGGUUCGCCAACAUAUCUGCAGUAAGCACGCUCGUUGUUUGGGCCAGCGUCUGUGUCACAUAUCUCCGAUUUUACUACGGCUUGAAGCACAAUGGCAUCUCCCGCUCGACGCUGCCGUACAAAUCUCCUCUACAACCUUUCUUGGCAUACUUUGCCGUCUGUUUCUGCAGCGUUGUCGCCUUUUUCAAUGGAUUCGAUUGCUUUUUCCCAGGACGGUUCUCCGCGAAAUCAUUUAUACCUCCGUACAUCGACAUACCGAUAUUUGCAGCCUUAUUCCUUGGAUACAAGCUAACCAUGCGUACAAAAUUUGUCAAGCUUAGUGAGAUGGAUCUCUGGUCUGGAAAAGCUGAGAUCGACAGAUUGGAAGGAACUUGGCCGGAGGUCAGACCACGAAACUUCCUACAAAGAAUUUGGUUCUGGAUUGCUUAG